AUGGAAAGACUCCCUCUCGAGCUGAAGCAGCGCAUCUGCAGCUUCCUCCACGCCAACCCCAAGCUGUUCAAGCCCAUCCGCCUUGUCUCCAAAGACUUUGCGUCAGCUGCUGCGCCUUAUAUUAUACCUCGCAUAUUCCUCUUCAGACAUCCAGAUAGUUGCGACGAGGUCCAGAAGAUUGUCCAGCACCCGGUGUUUAGCAAAUAUGUCACUACCAUCGCUGUGGAUGUUAGCAAGUUGAAACAAUACGUAAGCUUCGAACGGUGGGCCGACGACCACGCAGAAUUCCGGUUCCAGUAUCCCGAUUGGUGUGACUACAGGCCCAUAGAUAUCCACUACGACGAAGAUGGCAAUCCAGUCCUCACUAAUUCCUUUGCGCUGGGUAUCUGGAUCCGAGCAACUGAAGAAUUCAGCCAAGCUUGGAAGGAUACCAUUGGCGCGCUCGAGGAACUCUACUCUACAUUCUACGAUAGACAAAAGUCCUUCGCGGACCAUGUUCAAGUUGAUGCUACCUUCGAAGCUCGAUUCUGGAAAACCGUCACAGAUGCCUUUGAGACAUGUCCCAGACUCGCCAAUUUCAUCAUCGCCCCUCCGAAUAUACACGAUCCGGUCAUGCGUAGAAGAGACCUCGUAUUCCGCUCAUGUCUUGCCACUCCAAGAUCGUUCCUGCUGCCUGCAAAUCAUAUCCCGCCUGAAGUUGGCCUGAAAGACAUACUCGAAGCUACCAAGAACAUCAGAAUCGGGUUGAACUCUCUAACUAUUGUGGACUUUCCGAUCAAUUGCGUCCACUUCUCAACGAUCACAAGCGUGCGGUCGUUCGAGAGCCUGAAGCAUAUUCGCAUUGGUUUCAAUCGGCUUUAUGACAAUCCGUACACCAGCUUUGGCUUCAGUCUUGAAGGCGUUCUACACGCGGCGCGGUUGCUGGAGACCCUCUGGGUAGAGACGCCGCCUCGUCAUGAUAACCAGUACGAUGCGGGUGGCUUGCUGCGUGCAAUCAACUCAGAACAUUUUCGAGACAUCUUGCUGAGUAACGCUGUCGUUUCAGAAGACGCCAUGGUUGACUUUCUGCUUCGUCACUCCGGAUCAUUGCAGCAGCUGGAUCUGGGUAUAACUAUUAACCCUGGAACCUGGGUUCCGACUUUCCAACAAGUCGCAAAGCAGAUGAGGGCGUUGAAAAGAAUACAGCUCGUCGGCAUAUGCGAGAUACACGCUUCCGAGAAAGUCAUAUUCUCUACCCAAUGGUGCCUCGAAGCACAAAAUUUCAUCAUCAACGGCGGACAGUUGUCGCAGCCCGAAGCUUACGACUUAGAUACAGAUUUCGGACCCGACGGUGAGGAACCUCUGAGGAAUGGAGAUCUGCCAGAGAAUGGAUUAUGGAGUGAUUAUGAUGCCAACGCGAACACCUGUUUCUGA